GGGCCUGACCAUGCAUUACAUUACGUGUACAGUGUGAAGCUAGGAGAAGUUUAUCAGCCCAGCCAAUAGUUUUACCAAGGUACAGGGAAAGGGAACGGGUGAUUCACCUGUUACAUGUACGGAGUUUAUCUGUGAUGACAUUUUUAAAAUGACAAGAUACAUAUAUUAACUGCUGUUUUCAGCGUGGACGUGUCCGGUAAUCAUUGCAGGUAGUGGGCACGAGUAGAUCUAGGCCCGUAGCAGUAUCCAGGUUAUCUAAGAGUUGGAAAACUGGGUCACCUGUACAUGUAGUAGUUGAUAACAAAGCAAACUUUCCGACCACAUUCCCAAGUCCGUGUGUGUAUUUGAGGCGAUGGGGAGGCACGCGGUGUUGAGGUGGGUUUUACACCAAAGUUCCUGGGGUCACCCGCCUCGGUGGUCAUGCCAUGCUGCAGCCAGGCUGACAGGUGGGUUUAGUCAGCAGAAACACACCCUGUACUCCACGCAAUGGCUACGAAGCUUCGGGUCAACGCCCCCAGUAAGGUCAAGCACUAUCGUGAAAAGUCCGUACCCUGAUUUAGACCUUACCACCAAACCCCUGGCUGAGGAUGUGAUGAAGGACUGGGCUAGGUUCGGAAACCACAUGGCGCUGGUUGACGGAACCACGGGACAAAGUUACACCUACUCGCAGCUGAAAGACGCCGUGAUUCGCUGUGCAAGUGCAUUGGCUCGGCUUGGGUUCAAGAAGGGGGACACGUUAGCGCUGUACAGCCCCAAUGUGCCAGACUAUGCCACGGUAUUCAUCGCUACGGCUGCUCUGGGAGGAACAGUGACGUGUGCUAAUCCUAUGUACACACCAGAGGAGCUUGGUAAUCAACUGAAGCGCUCAAAUACCAAGAUUUUAGUAACUCACGAAAUGGUGGCUGGGCACGCGAGGGAUGCCCUUGCCAUGGCGCCGAAUGUCAAAGAAACUAUAGUCUUCGGUAACGUGUCGGGAUUUCGCCCAUUUACUUCCAUUCUUGAAGAUGACGGCCACGCUUUCCCGGAGAACGUUGACAUCAAUACCAAAGAGGACGUGCUAGCCCAGCCUUACUCUAGCGGGACGACGGGUUUACCUAAAGGAGUGAUGCUUUCUCAUUACAACAUCACAUCUAACAUAGCCCAGUUAAAUAACGAGAAUGUGAUGAACUAUGAGGGUCCGGAGGAGGUGUUGACCGGUCUGUUGCCAUUUUUCCAUAUCUAUGGUCAGGUUGUGGUCAUGCUCACAGGACUUAAGACAGGAAGCAAGAUUGUUACUUUGCCGAAGUUCCAGCUAGAAUACUACCUUGAAACCAUUCAGAAUCAUAGGGCCACCAUUCUUCACGCGGUGCCUCCUAUCAUUAUCGCCUUGGCAAAGAGCCCUCUGGUGGACAAUUAUGACCUGUCGUCUGUCAGGAACCUGGUCACGGGAGCGGCCCCCUGCACUGAGGCCAUUGCCUCACAGUGUGUGGAAAGACUGAAAUUGAAUCGUUUUCAACAAGCCUACGGGUUGACAGAAACUAGCCCUGUGACACACUGCAAUCCUCCAGUUGGUUAUAAAUUAGGUUCUAUAGGGUUUGCCCUGCCAAACACAGAGUUCAAGGUAAUAGACCUUGAAAACGGUGCAGAUCUGGGGCCUAUGGAAGAGGGAGAGCUAUUGGUACGAGGGCCACAAGUUAUGUUAGGUUACCAUGACAACCCAGAAGCCACAGCUAACACUAUCAAAGACGGCUGGCUCCAUACAGGUGACAUUGGGUAUCGUGACCAAGACGAUCACAUGUGGAUCAGUGACAGGGUAAAGGAACUCAUCAAAUAUAAGGGAUUCCAGGUGCCUCCAGCAGAACUUGAAGGGCUGAUCCUAGCGCAUCCUGCAGUGCAGGAUGUCGCAGUGAUCGGUAUACCAGACGACAUUGCGGGAGAACUGCCCAGGGCCUACGUCGUCCGCAAACCCAACAUGGACGUCAAAGGAGAAGAGAUUGAUGCAUUCUUAGACGAGCACAUAGCACCGUACAAAAAGCUACGAGGCGGCAUAGAAUUUAUUGAUGAAAUCCCGAAAACGGCCAGCGGUAAAAUAUUAAGACGGCUGCUAAAGGAACAGGCUUUGAAGGGCAGAUAAGAACAGGACCUUCAAUUUUGCGAUGAACGCGAUAAUUUUAUGAGCAUUCACUAUCGGAUUCAGGGUUUUGCUAAAGAAAGGAGGGGCUCAAGGAUAAAAAAUGAUAAAACAGUAGACAGGGACAAAUUUUCUGCAAUACAUGUAUAUGGGGCACAGGAAUAGACGAAAUAUUGUCUUUAUUUAACUGUCUUGUUUUGUCUCAUUUCUUGUAAAACAGUAUUUUGGGAGGUAGAAAAUGGAAGAGUGGGACCAGUGUGUAGUUUGUAUUCGCGGAUUGUUUAUUAGGUGUCUCAGGCGAGUAUCAGGUAUAAUCAAGAAACUGACUAAUAUUUAGCAAUAGCAAUAAUAUUCAUGAAUUAUGACAUUCUAGAUAACUUAGUUACAGAGUCGGAUCAUCGUGUUUUUUUUUUUUUUUUACUAAUAGAAUAGAUAAAACUUUUUCAAAUAGGGACUCUCUUACUUUUAUGCUGAAACUGGUCCAGGAAUAAUAACAUGUGUAUUGUUCGAUCGACAAACACGUUAUUUUCACAAAUAUAGUGAGAGUAACACUCAGAGCACUCUUCAUUGCAGUACUUCCUACUGUAAUACCCCAUUAUUCGAGUGAAAUUAUCGAGCAGUUCUUUUACACGUACAUGUAUAAUGAACUUUUUUCUGGUGCGUUUUUCUUUUCGUAUAUAUAAUGCACGCAGUUAUGAUAUCAUUCUUUUGUUUAGUGAUUGUGUUAAUUAUUUUGUCAGUUCUGCAUUUUACUCAAAUGAACUUUCAUAUAUUACAUCUAUCGCAGUCGGUUGGUCCAUGCUUUAAACUGCGUCUGUCUACUGGCAAUGAUAUAUAACAAUACUUAACGAUUUUACAAACAUAAUGUCUUUUCUCAGACUGUUUAUACAAGAACAAUACCUGAUUUAUCGUUAAUAUUGUUGAAUAUUGAUGAAUAUUGUUGAUUGAUUUAAGGGUAUUAUUUUCUAACAGUAUUAUGCUCUGGUGAUUUGAUUAUGAAGUUCUAAGCAUUUUGUGAUCUAAGCGGUAGUCCGAAACUCAUACGCACAAGAAGCGUGUAUAUCUUACAGAUAUUAAUAUAAUGGGCAAUAAAGUAUUAU